AUGUUCUUCAGCAAACUCGCUGCUCUUGCAGCCAUUCCUGCGACCCUUGCUGCCAGCAUAGCAGGCAAUGGUCCCUCAGUGCUGUCUAACGGCAAAUACGAGAUCUCGUCUGAAGGCAUCCGCGCGCAGUUCAUUCCCUACGGAGCAUCAAUCUCCAACCUCUUCAUUAGAGAUGUCCACGGCAUUGAGCGUGACAUCGUGCUUGGCUGGGACAAUGCCACCUACUACACCGAGGAUAAGCUUCAUCCUCACUUUGGUGGCGUGCCCGGACGUUACGCAAACCGCAUCAAAAACUCCACCUUUGAGAUUGACGGCAACACCUUCCACGUAACUCCCAAUGAGAACAACGGCGCCGACACUCUGCACGGUGGACCCAAUGGCUGGGAUUGGCGCAACUGGACCGUGUCCGCACACACGACCGACUCCAUCACCUUCUCUAUUGUGGACCCUGACGGUGCUGAGGGCUUCCCUGGUGAGGUCAUCAGCUAUGUGACGUACACCUUGACUCCCUACCAAUGGCAUUUGAAGAUGAUUGCGGUUGCAACUACCAAGAAGACACCUAUCAUGUUGAGUUCUCACGUCUACUGGAACCUCGAUGGUUUCCAAAACCCUACCGACCCUACGGUGAACAACUACACCGUGCACUUGCCAUACUCUGGACAGCGUGUCGGCGUCGACGGCAUCCUCAUCCCUAAUGGUACCAUUCUUCCCAACGAGAAGGGCGGUGUCUUCGACUUCUGGUCAUCGCCCAAGAAGCUCGGUGCCAACUUGACCUCGCCCGAUCUCGUCGGUGGUUGUGGCAGUGGUUGUGUCGGCUACGAUACUUGCUGGUUGGUCAACAGAGAACAGAAUGGACCCUAUGACUGGCGCGAGUCGGGACCAGUCGCUACUGUUUCCAGUCCUUUCUCUGGUAUCCAGAUUGACAUCUUCACCGACCAGCAAGCCUUCCAGAUCUACACUUGCCCCGGACAGAAUGGUACUACUACUAUCAAGGAGACUCAAGGCUUCUUCAACCAGACCGACCAACCUCGUGUUGUCCAGAAGUAUGGCUGCAUGGUCAUGGAAGUGGAGGACUGGAUUGACGCGAUCAACCAGCCCGAGUGGCAGAGAGAGAAGAGGAACAUCUUUGGACCUGGAGAUGACCCAUAUGUUCUCCAAGCCACUUACAAGUUCUCUGUCAACAAAGAGGCGGCAGCUACAUCUAACUGCACAUCGAGCUACUGA